AUGAUGCGCGAGCGGCAGCGGUUCCUGCUGGCCGCCGACGAGCAGGAUGACGCCGCGCUGGCCUCCACCGAUCUUGGUCUAAUCUGGACCUCCAUCACCAAUGCCGUUCCCUUAGCCAUGCUGACCGUCCUCUACAUCAUCGCCGAUCCCAUCCUCCUGCAUCGCGUGCGGGCCAGUCUCCGGGACGAAGGAGCCAUCAUCCCAUCCUCCACCGGCGGGAAAGAGGAGGUCACGAUCGGUGUAGCCAAAGUGCUCGCCAAUCCACUGUUGCAGGCCGUCUACGCAGAAACCCUUCGGCUCUACGUCCAAGCGUACGUGACGCAGUGCUCCGCCCAUCAGGGCGUGACAGUAGGCCGGUGGUGGCUGGAUCAGAAUGGGGUGGUGAUGGUCAGCUCCUACGCCAACCAUAUGAACAAACAGCUCUGGAAUGAGGGGAGUGACGGAGCGCAUCCUGUGCAGACUUUCUGGGCGGAUCGCUUCUUGCGCUACCCGCAGGAUCCGCUGUCCGGACCCCACCGGCGAAGUACUCCGAGUUGUAGUUCCAACACCGAGGUUCCUCCCGCCAGGAUCGAUAAAGCCUCGACGCGGCGGCCUCUAUUUUCCUUGGCAGGCUUGGAAGGCAUGUGGAUCCCUUAUGGUGGGACGUCUGCCUGUUCCAAUCUCUUGGCUUAUUAUUAA